AUGACAGACCCCGAUAUCAUCCUCUACCUCUACCCUAUCGAUGGCUUGGGCAACAAAGGCGCCUCUUACGCUAUUUCCCUGCCCGAGAAUAAGUCGAGGUUCGUCCCAGCGGCCGCCAGCAGUAGUAACAAUGUUCGCCGCAGCCGUCAGGACAGGGAUGCGACCGAGGAGCCCGAAGAGCGUGGACGCUUCAAUGGGGACCCUUGUAUCGUACUCAGGUUCAGCCAGGGCGCCCGAAGCCGUCUUGGUGUCGUAACAGGACGUGCACCGGACGUUGACUUUGUGCUGCCGAAACUGCCGGGAGUUAGCCGCUUCCACCUCUCCUUCACCUUUGACGACCAGAAUCGGCCGAUCGUCCGAGACCUGGGCUCUCUCUGGGGGACGAAAGUCACUUACGACGGGGAGAAGGGCGAGAGCCGGUCCAAAUUCGACUGGUUGCUACAAGCACCUGGUUCCGUGCGCAAUGAGGGCAAAUUACCUGUUCUUGAGGUGACGCCGCAUAUCCAGUUCCGGGUUUUUGUUCCCCCGCGCGACUUCACGUCCCAGGAUCACAUCGACCGAGUGACUGCCUUUCGACAGGGCACGGCCGACCCCGGAGGCAUGCUCGCCUCUUUGGUCCUCCACAGCGGGUCAAGAACCACGCUUCCGAGUGGAACCCAGACGCCGGCGCAUCCCUCAGGAACCAUCUUGUACAAAAGGUUCCUCGGUAAUGGCGUAUUUGGCGUCGUAAGCUACAUUUGGAACGUGACGACGGGAGAGGAGUACGCCGUGAAAGAGCCGCUGUUGGAGGUCAUCCGAAGCGGCCAGGUUAUAAUGAAAGACUGGAAGAAAGAGGCCAACAUGAUGGGUGCCCUCUCUCACCCCCAUAUUGUCGCUUUCCGAGGCGCCACCUACGCUCCGCAUCCUCAACUGAAAUUCGAAUACGUCCCCGGCGGUUCCCUCGAUGCUUGCAACGACCUUUCGACGUUCGAGAAUGUCCAAGUGCUAUGCCAGCUGCUCUCAGCGUUGCGCUAUCUGCACUCGCGCGAACCCCCCAUUAGCCACCGCGACAUCAAACCCCAGAACAUACUCGUACAAUACCACCGUCCCAACGAGAUUCAUGUAAAAUUCGCCGACUUCGGACUCGCCAAGGCCGCUUAUGAUUUUAAGACGUUCUGCGGCACGCGGCUGUGGAUGGCGCCCGAAGUGUACAGCCAAGGCGACCCGUACAGCGUCGCCGUUGACCUGUGGUCGCUCGGCGUCGUUGUGGCGUCGAAGGAAUGCAAGCUUCCCAAACAGAAACCGGCGUACGAAUCAAGCCCGGUGGAUUGGAGCCGUGCGGUGAUGAGGCACGUUUCCAGAUCGGCGCAGACAGGAAACACCCUGCUCGCGUUUAUCCUUGAAACAAUGCUGGUGUUGGAUCCGCGCGAGAGGAAGGACGCGGCGUAUUGCCACGACGCGGCCCUGCAGCUGAAAGACAAUGACUUACGACUAGCGUCUCUGGAUGUUGCCGAGAGCAUUGGCAGCGAAUCGAACAGCGGCCUGGUCGCCCAAGCGACGACGGGCUCGGCAUUUCAGGGCCGCCGCCAUCCCUCGCCGGUGUACGAGGACGUAGAAAAAGAAUCCACCAUCCGCCGACGUUCCCUUAUCGCAGACCUGGGCUGGCGAGGCACAGACAUGAUCGACUCAAUCAUCAACCCGACCGAGUCUGGUGGGAGCUCUGAAACUUCUUACCGCCAGUUGCGCUCGGAUGCCCCAACUCCCGACACCCGGGCUGGUGGCAGCUCUCGCAUUCUCCCGCUGGGCAAUCUACUCGAGGGCGACCUACAGGAAACUGCAAACGGGGAGGCCGGGCACUCUACUUUUAGAGAAGCACAUGGUGUUUCCUCUCUUGUUCUCCAGCACCUUGGUCAGGAGGUCUAUAAAAAAUAUGAUGGGGAUCAAAACAACUCUGAGUUGGCGACAGGGGAUUCACGCCUACCGCACAAGAGAGAGAGGCCCAGCGAGCGCAGCUCGCCACGGUUGGCUACCUGCUCUCCAGACCCGGAUACAUGUGUCAAACGUAACAAGACUAUACGGGCGACGACCAUAUUGGAUGGGAGUGAUGCGUCUACGGCUUGCCGGGGCAUGCAAUAUAAAUAG